GUGGAAAGAGAGAAGGGAAGCAGAAAGAGGUUUUCGUUCCCAUUUCCAUGAACUUUCGAUGAGGGACCCAUAAACUUUGAGAUAAAAGUCACAGUCCCAUCUCUCAAAACCCAUGCCUCUUCUUCUUCUUUUUCUCUCCUCAUGCCAACCAAAUCAUCCAUCACUAACUACGUGAACAGAGAUGAUGUCGAAGAUAACAAUUCUGCGAGCAGUGGUUGAAGGACUAACGUACUUGGUGGCCUUUUUAACGAAAGUGCUGGGGAGCGAAAAGGGUCGUCCUCAUCAACAGAAGAGUGCGGAGGAGGAAGCGAACGAGAGGUUUGGUCUGAGUUGGAGGGUGGCGGUGGAAGCAAACAAUGUGUGUCCAUGGCGGAAGGUGCCACUUCAGUGCUACCAGCACCUUCAGAACUACAUGUGUGCAGGACAGUACGAGCGUGACCUAAACCUUGUCGUAGAUAACAUCCUCAUCUAUGCCUCUCAGAUUCCUCUUUCCCCUGACGGCAUGGAUGCCUGGAUUCUUGAUGUCGACGACACUUGCAUCUCCAACUUUUCUUACUACGAAAAGAGGCGAUUUGGUUGUGACCCUUUUGACUCGACCAUCUUCAAGGAAUGGAUUAUGGAGGGAAAAUGUCCGGCAAAUCCUGCUGUAAGAUCAUUGUUUAAAUCGUUGAAAGAGAGAGGCUUCAAACUGUUCCUGCUAACCGGAAGAGACCAAGCAACUCUCUCUACAAUCACCUCUAACAACUUGCACAGCCAAGGCUUCGUUGGCUAUCAACGUCUCAUUCUCAGGAGUCCUGAAUACAAAGGGCAAAGUGCAGUGAAAUACAAGUCAGCCAUUAGGAAGGAGAUUGAAAGAGAAGGGUACAGAAUAUGGGGAAAUGUUGGAGACCAGUGGAGUGAUCUUCAAGGAGAAUGCUUGGGAAAACGCACUUUCAAACUCCCCAAUCCCAUGUAUUUCAUAUCUUGAAACAUCCAUCUGUUAAGGUUGUCUUUGCUUUAUUAUUGUCACAGCUCAUCAAAGAAGCUUGUGUUCUUCAAUAUUGAGUUUUCAAAACGAACGCUCGUAUUUUAGUUAGUAUUUUUACCUUGUAGUUUCCACCUCCUGCAUUCUACCACCUUCACAAUCUCAACACCAUGCACCUUAGUCAAUGGCUAUUUUCGACUUGUACUCAAGAAACCAGUGCUUGCCCAGUUAAUGGUGUUAUCUUGUCUUA